AUGUUUCUGGUCAUAAGGCUGUAUUGGAUCUUAAGCCUGAUACAUACAGUUGGAAGUCAAGAAUAUGCCCACUCUAUCCGAGUGGAAGGGGACAUUAUACUUGGUGGUCUUUUCCCAGUCCAUUCAAGAGGAGAACGAGGGGUGCCUUGUGGGGAACUUAAAAAAGAAAAAGGAAUUCACAGACUAGAGGCAAUGAUGUUUGCCAUAGACCAGAUAAACAAAGACCAGGACCUUCUUCCAAACAUUACUUUAGGGAUCCGGAUCCUUGACACCUGCUCAAGGGAUACUUAUGCCUUGGAGCAAUCUUUAACCUUUGUGCAAGCUUUAAUAGAAAAAGAUGCCACUGAUGUCAGAUGUGCAAAUGGAGAUUCACCUAUUUUUACCAAGCCGGAUAGAAUAACUGCAGUGAUUGGAGCUGCGGCAAGUUCUGUUUCCAUUAUGGUCGCUAAUAUAUUAAGGCUCUUUAAGAUACCUCAAAUCAGCUAUGCAUCCACAGCCCCAGAACUAAGUGACAACAGUAGAUACGACUUCUUCUCACGAGUCGUCCCACCUGACUCCUAUCAAGCUCAAGCAAUGGUUGAUAUCGUAACAGCGCUGGGAUGGAAUUAUGUAUCAACGUUAGCUUCGGAAGGGAACUAUGGAGAAAGUGGAGUAGAAGCCUUUAUACAGAUUUCCCGGGAAAUAGGUGGUGUUUGCAUUGCCCAAUCACUGAAAAUCCCCCGUGAACCCAAACCAGGAGAAUUUGAUAAAAUCAUUAAGCGCCUGCUGGAAACCCCUAAUGCUCGGGCAAUAAUCAUCUUUGCAAAUGAAGAUGACAUAAGACGAAUCCUUGAAGCAGCUAAAAGAAACAAUCAAACUGGACAUUUCCUUUGGAUUGGAUCAGACAGCUGGGGCUCCAAAAUCACGCCAGUUUACCAACAAGAGGAGAUAGCAGAAGGAGCCGUUACAAUCCUACCAAAGAGAGCCUCAAUAGAUGGAUUUGAUAGAUAUUUUAGAAGCCGGUCAUUAGCCAAUAACAGAAGAAAUGUAUGGUUUGCAGAGUUUUGGGAAGAGAAUUUUAACUGCAAACUGGGAUCGCAUGGCAAAAAGAACAGUCAUUUAAAGAAAUGCACUGGAUUAGAACGUAUUGGGAGAGAUUCCAGCUAUGAACAAGAGGGAAAGGUCCAGUUUGUGAUCGAUGCAGUGUAUUCAAUGGCUUACGCACUCCAUAGCAUGCACAGAGAUUUUUGCCCUGGUUAUGUGGGUCUUUGUCCAAGAAUGAAGCCUGUGGAUGGAAAAGAUCUUCUUGGUUAUAUUCGGGCAGUCAACUUUAAUGGCAGUGCUGGCACACCAGUCACUUACAAUGAGAAUGGAGAUGCCCCUGGACGAUAUGAUAUUUACCAGUAUCAAAUAGUAAAUAAAACGGCAGAAUACAAAGUCAUUGGACAUUGGACAAACCAGUUACAUCUCAAUGUGGAAGACAUGCAGUGGACAAGCAGAGAACAGACACAGCCAGCAUCCGUUUGUAGCCUGCCGUGCAAGCCUGGAGAAAGAAAGAAAACUGUAAAAGGAGUCCCUUGCUGUUGGAAUUGUGAGAGAUGCGAAGGUUACCAUUACCAGGCAGACGAGCUGACCUGUGACCUUUGUCCUUUGGAUCAAAAACCAAAUGCAAAUCGCACAGGCUGUACACUAAUCCCUAUUAUCAAACUUGAAUGGCACUCUCCCUGGGCCAUUGUUCCCGUCUUCAUAGCCAUUUUGGGGAUAGUGGCAACAACAUUUGUAAUUGUCACAUUUGUACGAUACAAUGAUACACCCAUUGUGAGAGCAUCUGGGCGUGAGCUGAGCUAUGUGUUACUAACUGGGAUUUUUUUGUGUUAUGCAAUCACAUUUUUAAUGAUCGGAACUCCUGAUAUGGUAGUUUGCUCUCUGAGACGUAUAUUCUUGGGGCUUGGCAUGUGCUUCAGCUAUGCUGCUUUGCUUACAAAAACCAACAGGAUUCAUCGAAUAUUUGAACAAGGAAAAAAAUCUGUGACUGCCCCAAAGUGUAUAAGCCCAGCUUCUCAGCUAGUUAUUACUUUUAGCCUUAUAUCUGUUCAGUUGCUUGGAGUUUUCAUAUGGUUUAUAGUAGAUAAUCCCGAAAUCAUAGUAGACUAUGGAGAACAAAGAACACCAGACCCCGAAAAUGCCCGAGGGGUUCUUAAAUGUGACAUUUCAGAACUUUCUUUAAUCUGUUCCUUGGGAUACAGUAUUUUGCUGAUGGUUACAUGUACUGUUUAUGCCAUUAAAACUAGAGGAGUGCCAGAAACCUUCAAUGAAGCCAAGCCCAUUGGAUUUACAAUGUACACAACCUGCAUCAUCUGGUUAGCUUUUAUUCCAAUAUUUUUUGGAACAGCACAAUCAGCAGAAAGGAUGUAUAUCCAGACCACUACACUAACAGUGUCCAUGAGUUUAAGUGCAUCCGUUUCUCUGGGAAUGCUCUACAUGCCCAAGGUUUACAUUAUCAUUUUCCACCCAGAGCAAAAUGUUCAAAAAAGAAAGAGGAGCUUCAAGGCUGUUGUGACAGCUGCCACCAUGCAAAGUAAGCUGAUCCAAAAAGGGAAUGACAGGCCCAAUGGAGAAGUCAAAACGGAACUCUGUGAAAGUCUUGAAACGAACAGUAAGUAG